GGAAUUGCCGACUGUUUUUUAACACGUGUCAGUGUGACGGUUCACUGGCAGAGCUCCACACCACUCUAUUUCAUCAACGUGUCCUUGGAAGAGAGCAGCAGCCUACGCGCAGCUCCUUUCGCUAUUUUAGGCUCAAUUUCUUCAGGAAAAUACUUGCGCUUCUAUUCGAUACAAUAUGGUUUAGAACGUCACGUCAUCGACGCAGUGGCAGUGUACACUAGGAAGUAUCUACUGGUAUCUAUCUACGUUCAACAUACCCUGCCUGCCAUCCAUCCAAUUUCGUCCGCGCGUUCAGUGUAGGAAAACUGGAUUGCUCAGAUAUUUAAUGCUGUGAACCUCUUUUAUUGUAAUCAGUCUCAAAACGAUACACUCACACAUACGCCACAGAUAUGUUAGCAUCAAGACUAGUCUUGAGGUCAGCCGUGUCCCUGUCAAGCAGGACGUUCUGCAUCAGUUCAUCAUGUAAUCAAGGAAAGGCCCCUGACGUGAAUGAGGGAAAUAGAGAUUGGCUUGUGUCUAAUGUCAGAAACAGGCUUAGGGAAAUUGUGGGAGCAUCCACCAACUGGAGUGACCAUCAGCAAGCGAUGGAGGAGCGGACCUCGCUGAGCUCCCUGCUGGCGAAGAGUCAGGAUGAUCUGCCGGUUAAAACCGCCAAGGACAGUUACACUGAAGCCUACCUCCCUCUUGGCUCUGACCCCACCAUCCGCGAGAAAUACCUCAAUUACCACAACAGCGUCAGGUUUGGUCGGAUCCUGGAAGAUCUGGACAGUUUAGCAGUGCUUAUCUGCUACUCUCACACAUGGAACAAGGAACUGCAGCGGUCACCACUGUCCAUCGUCACCGCCCUGGUGGACAAGAUUGAUAUGAGGAAAAAUAUCAUCUACCCUGACUGCGAUAUCAAGUUUACCGGCAAUGUCACAUGGGUGGGGAAAACCUCUAUAGAGGCCAAGAUGCACAUGUCCCAGUUCCACGAAGGAGCUUACAGCCCAGUGCUAGACGCCACAUUUGUCAUGGUCGCCCGAGAUCCGGAAAAUAAAAGGGCAGCUUUUGUGAAUCCACUAAAAGCAGAGGGGCCGAAAGAAGAGGAAGAUUUUCGAAAUGGAGAAUUAAACAAGAAUCGACGGAAGGAGCUGAGUAAAGCAUCUCUCCUGAAGGUGGCGCCCACCGCAGAUGAGAGAACUCUCAUACACAGCUUGUUCCUGAACACACUGGAUACUCAGACUGUUAGCUUCAGGAGUCGAAAGCUGCCACCGAACUCAUUGUGGAUGGAGGAUGCCAAGAUGAAGGGUCUGGAGAUCUGCCAUCCUCAGGAGAGGAACAUAUUCAACCGCAUAUUCGGUGGCUUCUUGAUGAGGAAAGCCUAUGAGCUGGGCUGGGCCAACGCCUGUGCGUUUGGGGGCUGUCGACCCACCCUGGUUGCAGUGGACGAUAUUCUGUUCCAGAAGCCAGUUGAGAUUGGCUCACUGCUGAUGCUCUCCUCCCAGGUGUGUUACACACAAGACCGGUACAUCCAGCUCAGAGUGCACACAGAGGUGCUUGACCCCUUGACUGGGCAACACAACACUACCAACGUGUUCCACUUCACCUUCAGAGUGGACAAGGAAGUACCUGCCGUAGUGCCCCGAAGCUAUGGAGAGUCCAUGCUGUACCUGGACGGCAAGAGGCACUUUGAUGAGACGAUGAGGAGUCAGGCCUAAAUCAGACGACGAGGGGUCAGGCCUAAAUCAGACGACGAGGGGUCAGGUCUAAAUCAGACGACGAGGGGUCAGGCCUAAAUCAGACGACGAGGGGUCAGGCCUAAAUCCGACGAUCACAGGUCAGGCCUAAAUGCAAGGAGGAAUCCCUUGUCAAUGCCUUACACGUUUUCGAUACUUCCACCUGCCAAAACUGUAUAAGCACUAGUGGCUUUGGUUUUUGUGUGUGAAUGUGUGUGUGACUGAUUGAGAAUGAAAUAAUGAGAGAGAAUAUAUAUGCAUGCAGUUAUUGUAUCAUUACAGAUUUUAUAUUUACAAAGUUGUAUGUGUAUACUAAAGACACAUGGGGUGUACUCAAAGGGAGUGUGAGAUUUUAUUAUGGUGAAGAUCAAAAAGACUGACUUUGACUUUAUGCAUAUUACACAGACAUUUUCGGCUCUGUCUUUGUAUUCUGUUUCCUGUUUGUAACGGUCUGUUACAAUGUAGCUGCUUUUCCACAAUUUUAUCAUAUUGCUUUGGGCAUUGCUAUCUAAAAUGUAAUGUCUCUGUUGAAGUGUGUCCUGAACAGUUACCUUGUUCUUAGAUGUGCACUUACAAACUACCUUCACCCUUCACGCGUACUCUUUUUUUUUUUUACCAAAGAGAUUAUCAGAUUGACUGACAUUAGCAGCUGCAAUCUGUGGUAGUUCCAGAAUCACAGUGUUCUAAAUGAUGUAUGAAAAAGGUUCUGCCUAUUUCUUUUGUCCUUUUUGCACUACAUAUGUUAUACAACUGUAAAAGUAACACUUCUUUGUCAUCCUUGCCUUAAAAUGGAAGCGGAACGCACAAGUUGUCAUUAUUUUGUGUUUUACUUUGUUUUUACUUUUCUACCGUUACAUUUGUUCUUCAUUCUCAUUGACUGUGUAAUGUGUUUGUAAGUCAGAAAAUAAACACCAUUGGCUGUACCCUUU